AUGAAGGGAUUAAUAUUUUUUUUAUAUAUUGUGACGUGUUACGGUGAUAAUAUUUUUAGUGCAAGAGUUAAGGACAGUAAUGAUAACUUUAGUCCAAGAGCUAGGAAUUUUAGCAUAGAAAUAUUGCAUAAUACGCAAUCUGAAACUGAUGGGCACGUUGUAAUUUCACCUUUUGGUAUAUGGACUUUGCUUACCGGCCUCGCAUUAGGUGCUAACGGUAAAAGCCAAUCUCAACUGACUCGGGCGUUAGUUUUGCCUAGAAAUAAGAACAAAAUACUAAAAGGUUAUAAAAACCUAACAAAAAGUGUAUUAGAGCCAAGGACGCAAAAAGUGAAACUUGAAAACAAAAAUUUUGUCUUUCUUGACAAAGAUUUUGAUAUCUCUAGAGACUUCGAAAAUACAUUAAAAUCGGACUUUGGUGCGGAAGUAAGGAAUUUAGACUUCAAGAAUUCAACCGCGGCGGCCCAAGUUGCCAAUGGCUUCAUAAAAGAAUCAGGUGUAACUAUGUCUGAUGUGUUGCGAGCAGAAGACUUCAAUGUAAAGGGGAUGUUAUUGACAAAUGUUAUAUCUUUUGAGGCACCCUGGUCUUUUCCUUUUAAUACGUCCGAUACAAAACCAGAGGAUUUUUACAAUGAACAUGGAGAGAAAAUAGGAAAAGUGAAUAUGAUGUAUCAAUUAGGCGAAUUUUCUGUCACAGACGUACCGUCCCUACAAGCUUAUGCUCUUGAAAUGCCAUACGGUUCUGAAGGGGACGACAAAUUCUCUAUGUUAAUUAUACUGCCACAUCCAAAAAUAAAUGUUAAUGAAGUAUAUAAGAGAUUUACAACAGCAACAUUGGGAGAUAUAUGUGAAAAACUCCAAAAAGAUAUCGCUGAAUUUGGAAUAAAUGAGCUCUAUGUAAAACUACCGCGUUUCAAAAUAAGCACUAACAUAAUUUUGAACGGACCGUUGAAUAGAAUGGGUGUCUUUGAUAUUUUUAACCCAUAUGAGGCAAAUUUCAAUAAAAUUACCAAAGAAAACAUUUAUAUAUCAUCCAUUGUCCAUAAGGCAGAUAUAGAAGUAACUGAGUAUGGCACUAAGGCCACUGCGCAUUCAGUAGCAGUUUUAAACACUAAAAUAUUUCCCAAAGAACUGAUUUUCGACCGUCCUUUCAUAUAUUUUGUUUUGGAGAAACCCACAACGACUGUGAUAUUUAAUGGAAUUUAUUCUAAGCCAAGCCAGUUU